UUUUUUUAUUGAGGAAUCAACAGCCGCCAUCUUGACGCGGCUGGGUCAGUGCCGGAGAUCUCCGGGCCUUAAGCAGGAGGAUAGGGGGAGGAGGGAGCUGCCCGGAGAGCGGCAUCUGGAAAGGCGGAGGGGCGGCUUCUUCUCUCCCCACACCCCUCCUGUUUAUCCUUUAUUCCGCUCUGGCUCUCGGUGUGGCGGCGGCCGCUCAUUGUUUUCCCUCCCCUCACGGAGGAGGAGGAGGAAGCGGCUGCACGGUUGCGUGGGCGGGCAGAGAGAGACAGAGAACCGAUACCUGGGGAAAAGCAGCCGGGAAUUCCUUUUUUGCCCCCGGGCCUACACCCCAAACAGGCCUGACACCCCUAAUUACUAAAACUGGGGGUAGCACCCCAAAACCCCCAGAUCCCCCUUUUGAACCCCACCACAGAUAGUUUAGGGAUCCCUUAUAGAUCAUGAACUGGGGUCACCAACACCCCGUUAUUGGGGUACCCCUUUAAUUUUGGGGUCCACUAUUUUGGGGUAAGGUUUAAUUUCCCCAGUUUUGCAUGGCAGGUAAUAUUCCAUAGGGACUGACAGGUCAGUAUAGGGGUCCCCCAUUUGGUACUGUAGGGUGCCCCGCUGUGAGUGUUGAAUUCUGCUUGCUGCAUGUUAUACCCGAGAGUGCAGUUUCUUUAUUGGCAGAUCAUUGACAGCUCUACCUACAGGAGAUCUCAUAGUUUUGGGGGGAUCACUUUACUUAGAUUUGGGGUCCCCAGCUAGUGCUGCUCUAGAUUUAGUGGUCUAAUUGGCUAAAUUAGAUUAUAUGACUAGAUUUAGGUAUCAUUAUUUCCUGUUUUGAAGUGCCCAUUGCUCGGUGUGUAGGUACCGUUACCGAGAGUUGGGCAUCACCUUGCUUAGGUUUGGGGGCUAAACAGUGCAGAGUUGAUACUAGUUUGGCCAGAUUUGGGGUGUCGCUUCUUGCAUUUGGGGAUUAUUUGCUUAGAUUUAAAGGGUUAGAUAGUGCAGCGAUACUUGGUUAGUGCCAUUUGCAAGGUUCCCAUCACAAGAGGUUUACGGGUCCAGGGGUUCCUCGGUUUGUGCAGAUAGGGGGGCUCUCUCAGGGGUCCCCCAGAUUAGGGAUGCAGGACUCAGGGGGGGUUUAAUCCCCUGGAUUUCUUAGUUCCUCCCUCUGCUGCUGGAAGGAAGGCUAUUACAGAGCCGGGAGGAGGUGAGGAUCGGGCGGCUGGCAGGGCCGGGAUAUACCCCCCUUCCCCUGUCUCUCUCUGCUCCUCCUCCGGGGAGGGUGCCUUGUCUGGCUUCGGUGACCGAUCAGCAAAAAAAAAGAAGAAAAAAAAGCAGAGAAGAUGGCCGAGAACCUGCUGGACGGGCCUCCCAACAGGAAGAGACCCAAACUGAGCUCUCCUGGCUUCUCGGCCAGCGGUGACAGCACAGAUUUUGCCUUCUUUGAAUUGGAGAACGAUCUUCCAGAUGAGCUGAUUCCUAAUGGGACUGAUAUUAAUCUUCUGGGCACUGGUGGGGGUUUGGUACAGGAAUCCGCACCACAAAGUAAACCACUUUCGGAUCUGUUACGCGGGGGCAAUGCUGGUCUCGGGGCUACAAUUGGGAGAGGUGGGUCAUGCAGUCCUGUCCAGCAGAGCAUGGGAGCCCCAACUCAGCAAAAUAGUCCAGGUCUUGGCAGCCUGGGUAGUCUUAACAAGAGCCCUCUUAACCAGGGACUUUCAUUAACUCCACCCUCUGGACUAACCAAGCAAGGAGGGGGCACCCCUGGAUCAUCUGCCCCCCUGUCUCAAGCACAAAAGCAAGUGGGCAUGGUGACAGGCAAUUCAACAAAUCAGGCAAGCCCAAGGGGUGUUGUGCAUGAACUCAAACUUAACCAAGGACAUCAAGCACUGCUUAACAGUAAUCCUGGACAUACACUAAUGAGCCAGUCCCAGUCUUCUCAGGGGCAGGUCCUGAAUGGGUCCUUGGGAGCUAACAGUCGGGGACGAGGAGCAGGGCUACAAUACAACUCUCCUGCCAUGCAAGCCAACCCCGGUAGUGUUCUGGCAGAGACACUGACACAAGGGACAACGGCUAUGCCAGCCCCACACAGGCGAACCACCGCACAGGCCGGAGCAAUGACUAAAAUGGGACUUCAAGGAAAUGGUAGCCCUUUUGGACAAACUUUCAAUCAAGCUACAGGACAGCAGAUCCGAGCACAGGGUGUCAGUCCUCAGCUGUCCACCAAGCCUGGCAUGACCAACAGCCUUCCUCCGUUCCCCUCCGACAUCAAAAGUUCCUCUGUUGCCAACCUACCCAAUAUGUCUCCCCUGCAGACGCAGGUACCUCAAGUCGGCAUUGGGGCAGCACCUUCCAUGGGCACUGGUCCCACUGCUGACCCAGAAAAACGUAAGUUAAUCCAGCAGCAGCUUGUCCUUUUACUUCACGCUCACAAAUGUCAACGACGCGAACAGACAAAUGGCGAGAUGCGAGACUGCUCCCUACCCCACUGCCGAACUAUGAAGAAUGUUCUCAACCACAUGACACACUGCCAGGCUGGGAAGGCCUGCCAGGUUGCACACUGCGCCUCCUCGAGACAAAUCAUCUCUCACUGGAAGAACUGUACGCGGCAUGACUGCCCUGUAUGUCUACCAUUAAAGAACGCCAGCGACAAACGAAACCAGCAACCGCUACUAGGUUCCCCAUCAAGCGGUGUGCAGAACCCUAUUGGUUCAGUAGGGGGUGGCCAGCAAACUGCUCCUUCGUUAAGCAGUCCCAACUCUAUUGACCCCAGCUCCAUGCAGAGGGCGUAUGCUGCCCUUGGCCUGCCCUAUGGGAACCACUCACCUGGCCCUGGUCAGCAGCCGGCACAGACUCAGGUUCACCAGCAGCUCCGAACUAUCAACGCAUUAGGUGGCAAUCAGAUGAAUCUGUCUUCUGGAGGAAUCACUGCUGAGCAACAAGCAAGCCUGAUUUCUGAAGCAGCUCUUCCAACUGCCCUGGCAAAUGCAAAUCCAUUGUUGAGUGAUGGUAGCAACCCCAGCGCCGUUGGCAACCUUGGCACCAUGCCUACGGCAGCACCCCCUUCCACCACAGGGGUGAGGAAAGCCUGGCACGAGCAUGUGACACAGGACCUCCGCAAUCACCUUGUACAUAAACUUGUCCAAGCUAUUUUUCCUACCCCUGAUCCUGCGGCUUUAAAGGAUAGACGUAUGGAGAACCUUGUAGCUUAUGCAAGGAAAGUCGAGGGAGAUAUGUAUGAAUCAGCCAACAGCAGGGAUGAGUAUUACCAUUUACUGGCUGAAAAAAUCUACAAGAUCCAAAAGGAAUUGGAAGAGAAGCGAAGGUCCCGUUUACAGAAACAAGGGAUUCUGGGUAACCAGCCAGCCUUACAGGCACCUGGGGUGCAGCCACCAAAUCUUCCACAGCCAGCAGCAGGGUUGGGUCAAGUGCAGCCUGUCCGGCCAGCUAAUGGUCCCAUUCCAAUGGCUAAUGUGCCUGCUAUGAAUCGGUUACAGGUGUCUUCAGGAAUAAACCAGUUUAACUCUAUGCCUAUUGGGAAUGUGCAAAUGCCUUCAACGCCAAUGGGACCCCGUGCAGCUUCCCCUCUUAACCAUCCCACCCAAAUGAACAACAUGAGCUCUGUACCAGCUAUGGCAAUGUCUCCGUCACGUAUGUCCCAACCCCAGAGCAUGAUGGGAUCGCAUACAAACAAUCUGAUGGGUCCUGCACAGACUCAAAGCCCGUUUUUGCAGCAGGGCCAGUUCACAUCAAGCUCUGGAGCUCUUGGAGUUACACUUGGACAGACGGGAGCAGCAGCUGCAGUGUCACAGCAGGGACAGGUGCCCGCUGCAUCUUUACCCAUUAGCAACUCUAUGAACCUGCUGGGGCCGCAGACAGGUCAACUUUCACGUCCAGCUCUUUCCCAGUCUCCUCUCCUCCAGACCCCACCUUCUAUCACUACUUCUGCAGCUGGCAUGCCACCUGUACAGCACCCACCUCCUACAGGCAUGACCCCUCCACAGCCAGCAGCACCAGCCCAACCAUCCACUCCUCUUCCGCCAGCCGGCCAGACUCCUGCUCCAACACCUGGCUCAGUCCCAAAUUCCAUGCAGACGCAGAGCACACCAACAGUGCAGACAGCAGCACAGGCUCAGCUCACUCCACAGCCUCCAACGCCUGUCCUCAAUCAAUCCGUGCCCACACCUCAACCUGCACCAAUGCAACCACCAUCUGUGCAUGCUCCUGCCCCUAGCACUCCGUUAUCUCAGGCAGCUGGAAGUGUUGAAAACAGAGUCCCCACCCCUGCAUCUGUGGCCAGCACCGAAAAUCAGCCAGCCCCUGAUCAUCCCAUGCUGGACAUAAAGCAAGAGGUAAAAAACGAAGAACCAGAAGCUUGUGAAAAUCCAGUGGAGCCAAAAACCGAGCCUGCAGAAGAGGAGCUCCCUUCACAAGUGAAGGAAGCUCCGGUGGAAGGUCCUGAAGUGAAGUCUGAACCAAUGGAGGUGGAGGAUAAGAAGCCUGAAGUGAAAUUAGAGGUCAAAGAGGAGGAGGACAAUGCUAACAGCAAUUCCUCCUCGCAGUCAACCUCUCCAUCUCAACCACGAAAGAAAAUCUUCAAGCCAGAAGAGCUUCGACAAGCGUUAAUGCCUACCCUUGAAGCUUUGUAUCGUCAAGAUCCAGAGUCUUUACCAUUCAGGCAGCCUGUUGAUCCUCACCUUCUAGGGAUUCCAGAUUACUUUGACAUAGUAAAAAAUCCAAUGGACCUUUCCACCAUCAAGCGAAAGCUGGACACUGGGCAAUAUCAGGAACCCUGGCAAUAUGUGGAUGAUGUCUGGCUGAUGUUUAACAACGCCUGGCUGUACAAUCGCAAAACCUCGCGAGUCUACAAGUACUGUACAAAGCUGGCUGAGGUCUUCGAGCAGGAGAUUGAUCCAGUCAUGCAGUCCCUGGGCUACUGCUGUGGGCGCAAGUUUGAGUUCUCCCCACAAACCCUUUGCUGUUAUGGGAAGCAGCUAUGUACUAUCCCACGUGAUGCGGCAUACUUCAGUUAUCAAAACAGGUAUCACUUCUGUGAAAAAUGCUUCACAGAAAUCCAAGGAGAGAAUGUGACACUUGGAGAUGAUCCGGCCCAACCACAAACGACAAUCUCAAAAGAACAGUUUGAGAAGAAGAAAAAUGACAUGCUGGAUCCCGAGCCGUUUGUCGAUUGCAAAGAGUGUGGGAGGAAAAUGCAUCAGAUCUGCGUAUUACAUUUUGAUAUUAUUUGGCCCACUGGCUUUGUCUGUGAUAACUGUUUAAAGAAAACUGGACGGACACGGAAAGAAAACAAGUUUUGUGCAAAAAGGCUACAAACGACAAGGUUAGGAAAUCACCUAGAAGACAGAGUGAAUAAGUUUCUCCGGCGACAGAACCAUCCUGAGGCAGGAGAGGUGUCGGUCAGAGUUGUAGCAAGUUCGGACAAAACCGUAGAAGUGAAACCUGGCAUGAAAUCCAGGUUUGUAGACAACGGUGAGAUGCCAGAGUCGUUCCCAUACCGCACAAAAGCCUUGUUUGCUUUUGAGGAGAUAGAUGGUGUGGAAGUUUGUUUCUUUGGCAUGCAUGUGCAAGAAUAUGGUUCGGAAUGCCCUCUUCCAAACACCAGACGUGUGUACAUCUCAUACCUAGACAGUAUCCAUUUCUUCCGACCGCGUAGCCUCAGAACAGCUGUGUACCAUGAAAUACUCAUUGGGUACCUGGAGUAUGUCAAGAAACUUGGGUAUGUCAUGGGUCACAUCUGGGCUUGCCCCCCAAGUGAGGGAGACGAUUACAUCUUUCACUGCCAUCCGCCUGAUCAGAAAAUCCCCAAACCCAAGCGGCUGCAGGAGUGGUAUAAGAAGAUGCUGGACAAAGCUUUUGCAGAACGUAUAAUUCAUGACUACAAGGACAUUUUUAAGCAAGCUACAGAGGACCGCCUAACCAGUGCUAAAGAGCUUCCGUACUUUGAAGGUGAUUUCUGGCCAAACGUUCUGGAGGAAAGCAUCAAGGAGCUGGAACAAGAGGAGGAGGAAAGGAAGAAGGAGGAGAGCACAGCUGCAUGUGAAAUACCGGAGGGCUGCCAAGGAGACAGCAAAAAUGCCAAGAAGAAGAACAAUAAGAAAACCAACAAAAAUAAAAGCAGCAUGAGCCGGUCUAGCAAAAAGAAAACAAGCAUGCCCAAUGUAUGCAAUGAUCUAAGCCAGAAACUCUACGCCACAAUGGAGAAGCAUAAAGAGGUGUUUUUUGUUAUUCAUUUCUAUGCUGGGCCAGUGAUAAACUCCCUCCCUCCUAUUGUUGACCCUGACCCAUUAUUAAGCUGCGACCUGAUGGAUGGUCGGGAUGCCUUUUUGACACUGGCACGUGACAAGCACUGGGAGUUUUCUUCUCUUCGUAGAUCAAAGUGGUCCACGCUUUGCAUGCUAGUGGAGCUACAUACACAGGGCCAGGACCGCUUUGUUUACACUUGCAAUGAAUGCAAACACCAUGUGGAGACCCGCUGGCACUGUACUGUAUGCGAGGAUUACGAUCUGUGUGUGAACUGCUACAACUCAAAGAGCCAUGAGCACAAGAUGGUGAAAUGGGGCCUUGGCUUGGACGACGAAAGCAACGGUCAAGGAGACGCACAAUCCAAAAGCCCACAGGAGUCUCGCCGGCUUAGCAUACAGCGCUGUAUCCAGUCUUUGGUACAUGCUUGCCAGUGCAGGAAUGCCAACUGUGCCCUUCCUUCAUGCCAGAAAAUGAAAAGGGUGGUGCAGCACACAAAAGGCUGCAAACGCAAGACCAAUGGAGGGUGCCCGGUGUGUAAGCAGCUUAUUGCACUUUGUUGUUAUCAUGCAAAGCACUGCCAGGAGAACAAGUGUCCUGUUCCAUUCUGCCUCAACAUAAAGCAAAAGUUAAGGCAGCAGCAGAUACAGCACAGGCUUCAGCAGGCCCAAUUAAUGAGACGCCGUAUCGCCACCAUGAACAGGCCAGUUCCACAACCAAGCCUUCCCUCCCCAACCCCAGCAACACCAGGGACGCCCAACCAACAACCCACCACCCCACAGACACCACAGCCUGCUCCUCAACCUUCCCCAGUUGGCUUGCCCUCGCCUGGAUUCUCCAGUGUGGCAAGGACUCAGCCCCCAAAUUUGACAUCGCAGGGCAAGCCCACCAACCCUAUUCCCCCAGUACCUCCUUCCCAGCCCACUGUACAGCCCCCUCCAGCAGCAGUAGAAGCAGCCCGGAAAAUAGAGUUGGAGGCACAGCAACAGCAGCAGCUAUACAGAGUCACAAACAUUAGUGGGGGCAUGACCAAUACACGUCCUGGCAUGGUGAAUCCUGUUGUUGGGCCUGUGAACCCAAUGCAACAAGUUGGAAUGAAUGUGCCACGCCCUGGGCCCAUUAAUGCAACACCUAUCUUGGCAGGGAUGCCUCCUGGCCAGUGGUCAACAACUCCAAUGCCUCAACAAGCACCCAUGCAACAAGCCAUCCAGCGCCCUGUUAUUCCAAUGGCUACUGCUCCACAAGCAGUUACAGGGACCCGGUUGCAGGGUGUUCCACCACAGCAGGCUCGUAACAUAUCGCCCAAUGCCCUUCAUGACCUGCUAAGAACUCUCAAGUCCCCAAGCUCUCCGCAACAGCAGCAACAGGUGCUCAAUAUCUUGAAAUCCAACCCCCAACUUAUGGCUGCUUUUAUCAAGCAAAGAACUGCUAAGUAUGUUGCCAAUCAGCCUGGUAUGCAGCCGCAGCAGACACCACCUCAGCAACCUCCGCAGUCAGGAAUGCAUCCACAAGCUGGCCUGCAGAACAUGAGCCCCAUGCAGGUUGGAGUACAAAGAGCCCCUGUGCCUCAGCAGCAGCCAGGCAUGGCCCCUCAAAACCAGGGAAUCAACCUAAUAAAUCAUCCAGCUCACAACCCCAGCUUAGCAAAUAUGAACCCACAGUAUCGGGAGAUGAUUCGCCGGCAGAUGAUGCAGCAGCAACAGCAGCAGCAAAGUGGAGCAGGCAUGGCUGGUGGGAUGCAAGCACAUGGGCAGUUCCAACAGCCUCAGGGAGGUUACCCACAGCCUCAAGCCUUGCAGCAACAGCGCAUGCAACAGCAUCUUGCUAUUCAAGGGGGUGCCAUGGGACAAAUGACACAAAUGGGUCAACAGGGGCUCGGAACGGAAGGCGCACCACCAAGCAUCCAGCAAGCAAUACAGCAGCGACUUCUCCAGCAACAACAACUCAAGCAAAUUGCUGCCUCUGGGCAGCCCAACCCCAUGAGCCCACAACAGCACCUUUUAACGGGUCAACCCCCGGCUACGCACUUGCCAACUGGCCAACAAAUUGCAACUUCUCUUAGUAACCAGGUCCGCUCCCCUGCACCUGUUCAGUCACCCCGCCCACAGUCACAGCCUCCACAUUCCAGCCCCUCUCCCAGAGUACAGCCACAGCCCUCCCCACAUCAUGUCUCACCACAGACUGGCUCUCCACAUCCUGGCUUAGCAGCUUCCAUGGGCACUUCACUGGACCAAGGUCACAUUGGAAACCCGGAACAGAGUGCUAUGCUCCCACAGCUCAACCCUCCCAAUCGUGGUGCCCUCACAAAUGACUUAUCUCUUGUUGGAGACACAUCGGGAGACACCCUGGAAAAGUUUGUUGAGGGGUUGUAGCAUCUACAAAAUAGCAGUGAACUGGAGGACUGCACUGAGUGUUAUGGGGAGGAGGGGCAGGAGCCUCUUUCACACCCCCAUAUUCCUCUUUUUGUUAUAUAUAAAUAUAAAUAUAUAAAUAUCUAUCUUCCUUCACCCUCAGUGGACCUUAUUUUAUUUUGUUAGCCUACUCAUUGCUGGUCUGCACAUCAGGGACGAACGGCCUCAGUCUGGACUGAGCCAUCGCCUCCUUUCACAACAGUUUAACCCCUGCACUGUCAAAGAGGCUGAUUGAGCGCUGCUGAGCAUCGCCUUCCCUCUCUAGCAUUGUCCUUGACUCGCCCCUCCCAACUUUGAACACAACCAGUGACACUUUGUUUUGUUUCACCUUUUGUUUUUUUCCUAUUUGUUUGCUGUCGGAUUAACUGCCCCGAUUUCCUCCUCAUUCUAUUAACUGCCCCGAUUUCUUCCUCAUUCUAUGUGGAGUAAAUUUCCCUUCUCUGGAAUUGGUAUUUUUUUUUUUUUUUUUUUCUACCUCUGACAGAUAAGGAAUACAGUCUACGCUAAUAUAUGUGUCAUUUUGUUAUUGGUUCUUUGUUUUCGAGGACUGUCUUACUGUGUAUUUUUCUCCCCGCAGCUGCAGAGCCUGAAACAAAUACAAAUUGGGAGGGGGUUCCUUUUUACCACUCAUAAUUAAAUUCCCUCCUUAAAUAGGAGGCAUUUCCAUGGGACAUUUGUAACAGUGGAUUGUUGUAUAAAAAAAAAGUGUUGGCUUUAUUUCUUCUCUCCUACAAUCCCAGACAGACUGGAGAAUGUUCUUCCACCAAACCUUCCCAGCAGAAAAUUCUACAUGUGUCUCUUUAAAGGAGCCAGGGGGGAACUUAAAAAAAAAUUGGAGGAUGUUCAGAUUACUUUUUUUUUUUUUUUUUUUUUUUUUUUUUUUUUUUUCCUUUUUAAUUUUAUUGAAUUUUUUUUUUUUAUCAGCUGGGAAAAGAACCGGAGGACUGUAGAGAUCUGCCUGCAAACUUGGGAAUGGUGUAUUAAAAAAAAAGUGAAAUAAAAAAAAAUACAAGCAAUCAAAGUGUAAAUCCAAGCAGGUUCUACCAAUAUAAAUAGAAAGAGCUUUGUAAGAGAGACUCUAAAUCAUUGUACAGAAUGGUUGAACGUGCGCAAAAGCAUUUCUUAAACCAUAUGACAUUGUUAACUCUCUUGCUGUCGAAGGGAAUGAGUAAUGUAUAGUUUCCCUCUGGCAGCAAAGGGGUAAGAAUACUGUCUGACAGCAGCUAUUUUCUUGCUGAGUAAAAGUGUACAUGGUAUUAAACUUCAGUGUUCUGGGUUUUUUUCUUUUUAUUUUAUUUUUUUGUUAUGAAAAUGCAGUUUUCAACAUUGUACGCUGGACUAUGCAUGUCUUUUUUUAAAAUUGUAUAUAAAGUAUUGCUUAAAAUUGAUAUAAAUUACUGAAAAUUUUACCAUGUAUUUUUGUUCCAUACAACCCCAACUAGUGCCUUGUGGUUGGAAAGAAAAACAUGCAAACACUAUUUAAUAAAAAAAGGGAAGGGUUUUA